AUGAUGAGGCUGGAGAACAACCUCCCUCAUGAGAUAGUGCUCGAAAUUCUCAAGAGAUUACCCGUAAAGCCUCUCAUGAGAUUCAAAUGUGUCUCCAAAUUGUGGCUUUGCACAAUUGAAGAUCUUGACUUCAUGGCCUUGCACUUGAAGCACAUGGCCUUGCACUUGAACCCCUUGGCUUUGAGUGGCACGAAUUGGUAUAUUCUUCUUACAGAUUGGUACUUUUCUAGCGAUCAAAGGAGCUCUCUAUAUCCACAAAAGUCUCUUACAUUGGCUUCUCAGUCGGAAAUUGAAGUUCCAUUUAUUAGCUCAAUGGGCUAUUAUGGUGUUGUGGGUUCGUACAAUAGAUUGAUCUAUUUUGUUGAGGCUAAUGCUGAAGAUCGCAGUCAAAGGAUAUUUUUGUGGAAUUUAUUCACUAGAAAGCACAAGGCGAUUCUAAGUUCACUUCUGGAUUAUCCGUUUGUUUACAUGUAUGCUGCUCAUAUGGUGGAGAUUGAUCUAGUAACUAUGGUAGAUAGCAUGGUUUUCCCAUAG